UUCACUCGGGCCCCUUUUCUGGUUAUUUUCUAUUUACAUUUAUUUUUAUUUCCACCCUCUAAAAAGAUCCCACCCGCACACAAACAAAAACCCUACUCGCCCGGUAUCCCUCUCCGUCCCUCUUCCCCCCCAGCAGCCCCCUGCUUCCCGUCCUUCGCUUCAAAGUGAUCUCAUGGUGGUUCUCGGGGACACGACAGCGACCGGGUUCCUCCGCCUCCAAGCUUCCUCAAUUCCUGCGGGAAGGCGAGGGUCUAAUGGUGUUCUUUGGCGCACGUAUCAUCGUCGUAUGAGGUGCCAUGUGACUCGAUGCAGUGUUGAUCGUCGGCAGCUCCCUGGAUUGGCCACUGGCAGAGGCUUGAUGCCAAGGUCACCGCUUUUGUUGAAUCCGAGAGCUGUUCGGUCAAAGGGCUUACAGGAACCGGUAGUGGAGGAACCUGAUGCAUUGGGACUGGCCCCCGAGAUCAUGCACUUCUACCGUCGCCCUCUGCUUCAGGAAAGUGCUGUGGCGGAACUGCUGAGGCAGGUUCAAAUAAGGGUUUCUGCUGACAUCGUGGACAUAGAAACUGAGCAGUGCAUCAACGUAGGUCUGAAUGGUAUGCUGUCAGGCGAGCAGCUCAGAAUACUUAAGUGGCUUCUUCAAGAAACAUUUGAGCCUGAGAACUUGCAGGCAGAGAGCUUCCUGGAAAAAGAGGCUUCAAAGAAUGUUGGUGCCAUGAUCGUUGAGGUUGGACCUCGCAUGUCCUUUACCACAGCCUGGUCAACGAAUGCUGUAUCGAUCUGCCAGGCUUGCUCUUUGGCAGAAGUGACUCGGAUGGAGAGGUCAAGAAGAUAUCUUCUGCGUGUUAGGACAGGAAGCAAGCCACUGGAUGAGAGCCAAAUUAAUGAUUUUGCAGCCAUUGUUCAUGAUAGAAUGACAGAGUGUGUUUAUUCAAAAAGGCUAGUGACAUUCCACUCUAGUGCUGUACCAGAGCCUGUUACGGUAAUUCCAGUUAUCGAGAGGGGGAGGGAGGCAUUGGAAGAAAUUAAUUUGAAGAUGGGACUUGCUUUUGAUGAGCAAGAUAUUCAGUACUACACCCGCCUUUUUAGAGAUGACAUCAAACGGAAUCCAACUACCGUUGAGCUCUUUGACAUUGCUCAAUCGAACAGUGAGCAUAGCAGGCACUGGUUCUUUAAUGGGAAACUCAUUAUAGAUGGUGAGCCAAUGAGCAAAACAUUAAUGCAGAUUGUGAAGAGCACUUUGAAGGCAAACCCAAAGAAUUCUGUUAUUGGAUUCAAGGACAACUCAAGUGCAAUAAAGGGAUUUCCAGUAACCCAAUUGCGUCCAGCCUCACCUGGCUUGACAUCUCCACUAUGCAAUUUAACGUGUGAGCUUGAUGUAUUAUUUACUGCAGAGACUCAUAACUUUCCUUGUGCUGUGGCUCCUUACCCUGGGGCAGAAACAGGUGCUGGAGGCCGCAUAAGGGACACACAUGCCACAGGAAGGGGAUCCUUUGUUGUUGCUUCCACGGCUGGCUAUUGUGUUGGCAACCUUCAUAUUGAAGGGGCCUAUGCUCCAUGGGAAGAUCCAUCCUUCACAUACCCAUCAAAUUUGGCUUCUCCUCUGCAUAUUUUAAUUGAUGCAAGUGAUGGAGCAUCUGACUAUGGCAACAAGUUCGGAGAGCCUCUGAUUCAGGGCUACACGAGGACUUUCGGGAUGAGACUUCCAAGUGGUGAGCGGCGUGAAUGGCUGAAACCUAUUAUGUUCAGUGCAGGAAUUGGACAGAUUGAUCAUUCACACAUAUCAAAGGGAGAGCCAGAAGUGGGCAUGCUUGUUGUCAAGAUUGGAGGUCCAGCUUAUCGGAUUGGAAUGGGAGGUGGCGCGGCCUCGAGCAUGGUCAGCGGGCAGAAUGAUGCAGAGCUAGAUUUUAAUGCGGUGCAGCGAGGAGAUGCUGAGAUGGCACAGAAGCUAUACCGUGUAGUCCGUGCUUGUGCUGAAAUGGGAGACAAAAAUCCUAUCAUUAGCAUCCAUGAUCAGGGAGCUGGGGGAAAUUGUAACGUUGUGAAAGAAAUUAUCUACCCUGAAGGAGCUGAAAUUGACAUUCGCUCUAUAGUAGUCGGUGAUCAUACCAUGUCAGUUUUAGAGAUUUGGGGUGCAGAGUACCAAGAACAGGAUGCACUGUUAAUAAAACCUGAGAGUCGGAGCUUGUUGGAGUCUGUAUGUAAGAGGGAAAGGGUCUCCAUGGCUGUUAUCGGUACCAUCAGCGGUAGUGGGCGAAUCAUGUUGAUAGACAGCUCAGCUGUUGAGCAUUGCCAGAUAAAUGGACUCCCUCCCCCACCUCCUGUUGAGAAUCUUGAGCUUGAAAAGGUGCUUGGAGACAUGCCCCAAAAAAGCUUUGAGUUCAAACGGGUAACACCUGUGGUUGAGCCGCUUGAUAUUGCCCCUGGCACUACAUUAAUGGAUUGCCUGAAAAGGAUCUUGAAAUUACCUUCAGUUUGUUCUAAACGGUUUUUAACAACAAAAGUUGACAGGUGUGUGACUGGACUUGUGGCGCAACAGCAGACUGUGGGUCCCCUCCAACUUCCUCUUUCUGAUGUUGCUGUUAUCUCUCAGACAUACACAGACCUGACUGGUGGUGCUUGUGCAAUAGGUGAGCAGCCAAUAAAGGGUUUAUUAAACCCAAAAUCUAUGGCAAGGUUGGCUGUUGGGGAAGCAUUGACAAAUUUAGUCUGGGCGAAGGUUACAUCCCUUGGAGAUGUGAAGGCUAGCGGUAACUGGAUGUAUGCUGCCAAGGUAGAUGGAGAAGGAGCAGCCAUGUAUGAUGCUGCUGUGGCUCUGUCAGAAUCCAUGAUUCAACUAGGUAUAGCCAUUGAUGGGGGAAAGGAUAGUCUUUCUAUGGCAGCACAUGCUUCCGGUGAGCUUGUUAAGGCUCCCGGUAACCUGGUCAUCAGCACAUAUGUGACUUGCCCUGAUAUAACACUGACCGUGACUCCUGACUUGAAACUUGGAGAUGAUGGCGUUCUUCUACACAUUGAUCUAGCGAAAGGACUUCGUCGCUUAGGUGGUUCUGCACUUGCCCAGGUGUUUGACCAAGUUGGUGAUGGGUGCCCUGACCUUGAUGAUGUUCUAUACCUGAAAGUUGUGUUUGAGACUGUUCAGGAGCUACUAAGUGAACGACUAAUUUCUGCCGGCCAUGACAUCAGUGAUGGUGGGAUUAUUGUUUGUAUUCUUGAGAUGGCAUUUGCUGGUAACUGUGGUGUGCAGUUGAACUUGAGUUCCAAGGGCCAUAACCUUCUCCAAGAACUGUUUGCAGAAGAGCUAGGUCUCGUUCUUGAGGUCAGCUCGCAGAACAUUAACAAAGUUGUGAAAAGGCUUGAAGCAGCUGGAAUCUCUGGGGAGAUAAUUGGAAAUGUUACUGCAUCACCAACCAUAGAGUUGUCUGUUGAUGGGAUUAACCAACUAAAGGAAGAGACAUUCUACCUUAGGGACUUGUGGGAGGAGACAAGUUUUCAGCUGGAGGGUCUUCAAAGGCUGGCUUCUUGUGUCAAAUUGGAGAAGGAAGGCUUGAAGAGCAGACACGUACCUUUGUGGAGAUUAUCCUUUACUCCGAGGUUCACUGAUGAAAAGCUGAUGUCUGCUACCUUGAAACCCAAGGUAGCUGUCAUUCGAGAGGAAGGGAGCAAUGGUGAUAGAGAAAUGUCAGCUGCAUUCUAUGCUGCUGGAUUUGAACCUUGGGACAUCACCAUGUCGGACCUUUUGCAUGGACAAAUUUCUUUAAACGAUUUCAAUGGAAUUGUAUUUGUUGGUGGAUUUAGUUAUGCCGAUGUGCUGGAUUCAGCAAAAGGUUGGUCAGCAACAAUAAGGUUUAAUCAGCCUCUUCUACAACAAUUUCAAGAUUUCUACAAUCGUCCAGACACUUUCAGCCUUGGUGUUUGCAAUGGGUGUCAGCUCAUGGCUCUUCUUGGAUGGGUGCCUGGUGCCAGUGUUGGUGGUUCCCUUGGUAAUGGUGGAGAUAUGUCACAACCUAGGUUCAUUCACAACGAAUCUGGUCGCUUUGAGUGCCGCUUUACAAGUGUAACGAUUGGAGAAUCUCCAGCCAUAAUGUUCAAAGGAAUGGAGGGCAGUACAUUGGGUGUUUGGGCUGCUCAUGGUGAGGGAAGAGCGUACUUCCCCGAUGAUGGCAUUCUAAAUAAUGUUCUUAAGUCUAGAUUGGCCCCUCUACGGUAUUGCGAUGAUGAUGGCAGCAUAACCGAGAUUUAUCCUUUCAACCCAAAUGGUUCUCCGCUGGGGGUUGCUGCUCUUUGUUCUCCUGAUGGAAGGCACCUCGCCAUGAUGCCACAUCCAGAACGAUGCUUCAUGAUGUGGCAAUUCCCGUGGUAUCCGAAGGAAUGGGAUGUUGAAAAGAGAGGGCCAAGUCCAUGGUUACGCAUGUUUCAGAAUGCUCGCGAAUGGUGUUCUUGAAAGAGAGAAAUGGAGUUUCAUACUGUCAGUCUUCUGUUUCCUUGGCUAUUCUUCACAAUAUUUAAUUAUCUGAUAUGGUACUCGAGAAGUGUCCACCAAAAAGGCAUUUCAAGACAAUAAUGAAGGAACCCAUUGAUUCCCUGAUGAAAAUGACUGGGUUACAUUGGACUUGUUUUUUCGAACUCCAUCGUAACUAUGCGAAACAAAUAAUCCAGAAUGGCUUUUAUUUACUGUGUUUUCGAACUCCAUCUGGUCUGUUUUCUGUUUCAUGGAUAUAAACCACAUGAGAACCGGCAUCUUUUGGUUACUUAUUCCAUUUUGCAUCUGAUUUGUGGAACUAAACAAUGAAUUUGA